AUGGCAGAAAGGAAGGGGGAAUGCAACAAGCAACACCUACUAGGCACCUACUGUGUCCCUGCCACUGGCUCAUUCUACCCAGAACUUGGGGGUCACACUUCUGAGGAGCUUGCCCAAGGCUGGGAUAUUUCCUUCCUGACUCGCUUCUUGAAUACUAAUCAGAAGAGCCUUUGUGUCCAGUUCACAGAUAAUGGCCAGAUCAUUUUCCCGGAGUCAGAGUACCAGAUUUUCUCCUACCCCAAUCCUCCCCUUAGAGGCUUCACAGGCUGGGACCCUGUGGCCCUGGUGGCUCCAUUCUGGGAUGAUGCUGAUUUUUCCAGCAGCCAUGGAACCAUAUUUUACCAGGAAUAUGAGACACUCUAUAAUGAACACAACCUGCUAGUCUGGCAGGUGGAGUCUUGGAUUAAAAAGUUCGCACACAUCCAGAACUACAAAGCCAGGUGGACCCUAAAGGUCACAUGGGUCAGUGCCCCUGCCUAUCCUGCCCAGUGGACCUUUGGGACCAACACCUACCAGGCCAUCCUCUCCACAGACGGGAGCAGGUCCUACGCCCUGUUUCUCUACCAAAGUGGUGGUAUGCAGUGGGAUGUGACCCAGCGCCCAGGCAACCCAGUCCUCAUGGGCUUCUCCAGUGGAGAUGGGUAUUUUGAAAACAGCCCACUGACAUUCCAGCCAGUGUGGGAGAAGUAUCAUCCAGACCAAUUCCUGAAUUCCAACUCAGGUCUCCAGGGCCUGCAGGUCUAUAGGCUACACAGGGAAGAAAGGCCCAACUACCGUCUCAGGUGCCUGCAGUGGUUGAAUAGACAGCCCCAGUGGCCCCAAUGGGGCUGGAACCAGGUGUCCUGCCCUUGCUCCUGGCAGCAGGGACUGUGGGACUUACGAUUCCAGCCCAUCAGCAUAGGCUGGUGGGGCCUCGGCAGCAGGCAGCUGUGCCGUGUUUCUUCCUGGCGUGGAGGCGUGUGCUGCAGCUAUGGGCCCUGGGGAGAGCUUCUCCAGGGCUGGACAGUGAGCACUCCUUGGCAGUUUGACCAAGAACUGGAGCCAUGGGACUGGUGCUGCCGUGGGAACGACAAGCCCUCCUUCUGCGCCCUGUACCAGCAGAGGCGGCCCCGCAUCGGCUGUGCUGGGUACCGUCCCCCAAGGCCUGCCUGGAUGUUUGGGGAUCCCCACAUCACCACCUUGGAUGGUGCCAGUUACACCUUCAAUGGACUGGGGGACUUCCUGCUGGUCCGGGCCUGGGACAGAAACUCCUCCUUCCUGCUGCAGGGCCGCACUGCCCAGACCAGCUCAGCCCAGGCCACCAACUUCAUUGCCUUUGCAGCUAAAUACGACACCAGCAGCCUGAACCCCAUCACAGUUCGAUGGCUCCUCAAGCCGAAUGACACAAUCUAUGUGCAGGUCGAUAACCAGACUGUGAUAUUUGAGACUAACCGUGAAGACCCAGAAGGCCAGGAGACAUUCAACACCACCGGCAUUGUAAUGACCCGCAAUGGCUCCCUCGUGUCAGCCAGCUUCGAUGGGACCGUGACCAUCUCCGUGACUGCCCUUUCCAACAUCCUCCAUGCCUCCUGCAGCCUCCCAGAGGAGUAUCGAAACAGCACAGAGGGCCUCCUGGGAGUCUGGAACAACAAUCCAGAUGAUGACUUCAGGAUGCCCAAUGGCUCCACCAUUCUCAACAAAAGCGAUGAGUGGCAGAUUUAUCAAUUUGGAAUGACCUGGAAAAUCAAUGAUACGAGACUCCUUGGCAAGAGAGACAACCCUCUGCCUUCCAACUUCACCCCUGUCUUCCUUUUCCAACUGAAGAACAACCACUCGGGUGAAAAUCUGGUCUCUGAGUGUAAUGGAGAUGAGCAGUGCAUUUAUGAUAGCCUGGCCACAGGAAACACAAGCACCGGCCUGAACACUAAGAUGCUCUUUAGCAGAUACCAGCUGAUGAACGCCACCCUCAGUAAGUACCCACCUUCUAUCAAGGGUGAGCAUGUGGUGGAAGCCUAUCUGGGGCAGACCAAGCUGACUCAGUACACCAGCGGUUCUGAGAAUGUCAUAUUCACCCUAAGAAACAGCAACACUGACUUCAAGCUCUUUGAGAAUGGGACAUUGCUAUGGACACCAAAGUUGUUGGAACCAUUCACUCUGGAGAUUCUAGCAAGAAAUGCCAAAGUCAACUUGUCAUCUGUACUCCAGCCAAAGACAGUGGUCUGUGCCUGCAGGGAAGAGAGCCAGUGUUUAUACAACCAGACCAGCUGGGUGGGCAAUUCCUCCCUGGAGGUGGCCGGCUGCAAGUGUGAUGGGAACAGCUUUGGCCCCUACUGCAAACGCUCCAGGGACCCCUGUGAGGAGCCAUGCUUCCCGAAUGUAAAGUGCAUUCCUGGGGAGGGCUGCGAGGCCUGCCCCCAAAACCUGACUGGGGAUGGGCGUCAUUGUGCAGCUCUGGAGAACUCUCCCCUCUGUCAGAACGUGUCCUGCCCUGUGAAUUACUGCUACAACCAGGGCCACUGCUACAUCUCCCAGACGCCAGACUGCCAUCCCACCUGCACCUGUCCCCCAGCCUUCACUGACACCCGCUGCUUUGUGGCUGGGAACAAUUUCACUCCAACCAUCCAUCAAGAUCUUCCUAUAAGAAUCAUCCAGCUCUCACUCAGGGAAGGAGAAAAUGCCACCAUGACAGAUGUCAAUGCCUCGGUGGCCUACAGACUGGGGAAGCUGGAUGUGCGGGCUUUUCUCCAGAACAGCAAAGUGGUACCAAUCAAUUCUGGGGCAACACAGGCCUCAGGAAGAAACCUUCAACGCUGGAGUGUCAUCUCGGAGUUCCAGUACCUCCCUCGGGGUCCUGUUAUCGACUUCCUAAACACCAAGCUGCUGGAUGCAGUGGUAGAGGCAUUCUUACCCCAGGCCUCAUGGAGGAGAUGGAACAGAAGUGAGGGGCCCAGGACCAACGUGAACUUCCAUUCCAUCUCCAGGGAAGAUGUGUACAGUGUGAAGGCUCUGAACGUGAGCAUGCUGAAGACUUACUUCAAAUGCAAUGGCUACGAGGGUUACCACCUGGUCUACAGCUCCCACAGUGGCCUGACCUGUGUGUCCCCGUGCAGUGAAGGCUACUGUGAGCACGGAGGCCAGUGCCAGCACCUGCCCCAAGGGCCCCGUUGCAGCUGUGUGCCCUUCUCCAUCUACAUGCCCUGGGGAGAACGCUGUGAGCACCUGAGCAUGAAGCUUGGCGCCUUCUUCGGGAUCCUCUUUGGAGCGCUGGGAGCCCUCUUGCUGCUGGGGGCGGUGGUGUUUGUGGUCCUGCGCUUCUGGUGCUACCCCAGGAACCAGUACUCCUACCCUCUGGACACAGAAAGUUGAGGCCUCACUCAAAGGGGUAGCUGUGGCCUAAGAUACUUCAGGACCCACCCCAGCCUCACCCACGUAUUGACCAGUACCUUGGCUUUGAGGAGACUGGGAAAAGGAAGGUGCCUGAAGGUGAUUCAGGAUUCUUCAAGGGAAUGAGUAAUAAUAAAAACAAUAGCACACCUUUUCAGUAGACACAGAGGCAGACAGAAGGGGCCAUAAAGACCACCUACUUAAAGGAUGGAUUCUUACACAUACAUACCUGCAAGAAGGACACUGACCUACAUACACACACAUCAGAGUUAAUAAUGUCUCAGUUAAAAUCCAAAAUGCAUUUGUAUACAAAACUCCAAUUUACUUCUAA